AUGGAAACAAAAAACAUUGUUCGACCAGCUCGUCGAGGUAUUGAUCGAUCUCAAACAUAUCCUCGUCAAUAUCCAUGUGGUUGGUAUCGUAUUUGUGAUUCUGAUGAAAUUACUAAACGAGGUCAAAUUAAACACGCAUAUAUAUUGGGUCGAGAAAUGGUUAUUUUUCGUUCUGACGAUAAACAUAAUCAAAUGUAUGUCUUAGAUGCAUUCUGUGCUCAUAUGGGAGCAAAUUUAGCUUUUGGUGGACGAGUUAUACCAGAUACAAAUUGUAUUCAAUGUCCUUUUCAUUUAUGGGAAUAUAAUGGAGAAACUGGUCAUUGCACAAAAAUUCCAUAUAUAGAUGGAAAAAUACCUGAAAAAUGUAAAGUGCAAACAUAUCCAUGUGUUGAACGUCAUGGAAUGAUAAUGAUUUGGUAUCAUCCAUUAAAUGAAUCUCCUCAUUAUGAUGCUAUUUGUAUUGAUGAAUUAUUAGGUAAUCAUUUUGAAUUUCGUGGUGUGUAUCGUUAUCCAAAUAUUCAUAUGCAUUUACAAGAAUUUUCUGAAAAUGCAGCUGAUGUUCAACAUUUUCAACCACUACAUGGUAAAAUGUGUAUACCAUGGACUCAAUUGCACAUACCACAUGUAUUCGUUCAUCAUCAAGCAUCAUUAGAAUUUAGUACUGAUAAAUCAUAUAUAGUAUAUUUUUAUGAUACAGCAAUGUUAAAAUUAUUUGGAAAAAUUUAUGAAUCAACUAAAGUUGAUGCAUCAAUAACAUUUUAUGGUCCUGGUGGAAUAACAUUAUUUCGUUUUGAUGGAAAAUUUGGAAGAGUUUAUUUAUUUCAUACUCAUACACCAACGAAUUAUACAGAAUUAGAUGUUGAAUUUCGAGCUUAUGUUGAAAAAAAAAUACCACGAUUAUUAAGUUGGUAUAUUAUUGGAAAUUGGAUUGCACAAUGGCAUCGAGAUAUUAUUGUUUGGGAAAAUAAAAUAUUUAAACGUACUCCAUUUCUUGUUAAAAAGGAUGGUCCAAUAUUAAAAAUGCGUCGUUGGUAUAAUCAAUUUUAUCUUUCAAAAGAAGAAUUAGAAAAUUUUACUGACUCACUUGAUUGUAAGACGCAAUAUUCAUUUACUACAGAAGAAAUAUUAUAUUUAAAUGAAACAUGGAAUAUUUUAAAAACAACAGGUAUUGUUAAAUUUGCUGAUGAUGUUCUUAUCAGAACUAUAAAUCAAAAUUCAUCUCUACGACAGUUUUGGACAUCAAAAAUUAUCAUUGAUGCUAAUAAUUUUGAUUUUGGUGUAGGUGAAUCAUGUAUAAGAACUGAUUUAAGUUGGCAUAUUGGAUUACGUGAACAUAGUGCUCAUUUGAUUUUAACAUUAGAAAAACUUUUAUCGUCAAUUCAUGAUAAAAAUCUUCUUUCAAGACAAAUUCAAUCUCUUCAAUUUUUACAAAAUAUAUCUACACUUGAACAUGAUUCUUUAAUAAUAUUCAAAAUAUGUAUUAUCGAUAUAAUUCGCGAACGUUUUCAAAUAUUCACAUAUGAUUUUACAAAUGAUUAUGAACAAGCAUGGGAUAAAUUUUUAUCAUUUAUUCUUGAAUAUUUAGCAGCAAAAGAUCAUACAAUACAAGCACCUAUGAACAACCUUAUUUCACCUAUAAUAAUCAUAAAUCAACCAUCAACUCAUACAUCAAAUUCAUAA